UUCUUCUCCUCCUCGAGCAGCAGCAGCAGCAGCCGUCACAGUGUGAGGGAGAACUCCGCUCCAUCCGAUACUGAACACUACCCUAAAGGGGACUCUGAACCAAGAGGUUUCUUAGAAGUUCGUUUGGUUGGAAAAGCUGGAGAUAAUAAAGAGGAGUGAGGUGACUUGUGGGACCCAAGAAAGCUUCAUCAUGUCUGCAGUGAAGGAGCGUAAGCCCAAGAAGCCCCAUUACAUUCCCAGACCACCAGGAAAGCCCUUCAAGUACAAGUGCUUCCAGUGUCCAUUCACCUGCAAUGAGAAGUCUCAUCUCUUCAACCACAUGAAGUACGGGCUCUGCAAAAACUCCAUCACCCUGGUCACAGAGCAAGACCGGGCGGUCAAGAGCCCAAAGACCAACGCUAUGGAGGUCAAACAGCCGUCCCCCGAGGGGUUUGUGAAGCCCACGCCUAUUGUGGCCAAUGGACAGCUGGAUCCCAAAGCCCAUCACGACAUCACAAGAGAUGAACUCAGAGACAGUGCAGAUUUUAAAACCCAGGAGACCCACGCUCAGGUGGAAAAGCCAGUCAACCAAAGAGAUGUGACUGUACCCUCACCAUCCGGGCACAGCCCUAUUCCCAAGCCGAUGGCUAUUGAGGGGGUUGUGAGGCCCUCAGCCUUUAUGCCAGUUGGAGAUCACAGGUAUGGUACAGAAAGAAGCCACCUACCAGAAAUCAUGCCCUCAGCAGUCAAAGGAGUCCAUAGUGAGGGGUCUGCUUUCCAAAGACUAACCACGCCAUGGAAAAUAGGAGAACUGGUUCCUCCCGAGCUUGGCCCAAAGCCAACAAUCCCACAUUACAUCCGUCCUAUGAUAUCAGACUAUAAAUACUAUGAGACUGGGCCACCUGUCUUCCCAUACAUGUAUGAUACCUCAAUGCUAUCAGUAUACGGCCCUCAAGAUCACAGACUCUAUCGUCCUCAUCCCAUUCAAUCUUCUGGACUCUCCAUGCCGAAACCACUAAACCCAUCUGUUGACUUUAGACUGCUACACCCAUUCCAGCAGAGCCCGGCCAUGCCGUACAGCUUCUACAGAUCACCCGAAACUUCCUAUCUACCUUAUGGUCUCAAGCUAUCUCAUGGAUUGACCAAAGCUCCCACAGUACCAACCAUGGACAAUUCCCCUUUCCUCUACCCAACCUCCAGCCCACCUCUUUUCUACCCCUUAGACCAUGCUCAAAAGCAAGUGGACUGUCAGAAGGAGGCUCUUCUGGACCAAGAAAAGCAUAAACAUGAAGAAGAGAGCCUGAAGAUGAGUCCACGGGCUGCCAGCGCUGCCACCGGCUCACCCGGCAGACCGAGUCCGACCAACUUCACUCAGAACAGUCAAGGCUUUGAAGGAAUCUUUGACCUAUCCAGCAAAUCUACCUCUACCAUAGGAAAGUGGGACGGUGAGGGGCCAAACCUUACAGCUUUCAAGCCAGUGAGGAAAAGCACAGAAUCCCAACCAUCUCUAAGCAGAGGACAUUCUCCAUGCUCUGGGAAUGAAGAUGACUUGUCCACCAGUGACCGUGAAGCAUCGACAAGCAGCGAUGAUGAGGAAACAUUUGUGCCACUUAACCUUUCCACCAAAGUCGAGUUGGAGCAAGAUGUCCCACUCAACCUCUCCGUCAAAGACUCCGGUAGGACGAACAACACGGAGGGGUCUCCACACUCCAGAUCACAUUCUCCGAGCAACGACAGCAUUAACAUGGCGGAUGUAAAGGCACUGAUGGAGAACUGCGAUGAGCAAAAACAGUCAGCGGCUGUAGCCCUUUGCCAGCUGGCGUCGUACAGCCCCGUGCCAGCCGCCCGGGCGGUAGAGGAGGAAAAUCUGGAGAGGCAGAGCGCUAAACCAGAGCAAUCUGCUGUGAACACUCCAGAAGAAGAAGAAGAAAGCAUCAGCAAACCGAGAGGUCAGAAAAGGGAGAACACCAAAGAUGCGGCAAAAACACCAGCAAAGAAAGCAAAAACAUCUGAACCCAACAGAGUCUUCACCCUGAGGAAGAGGCACCGGAUGUCUUAGAAGAUGUCUGAUCACCUCAGAGACUAUAGAACUCCACACAGCUGCUUUAUAUGGACCCUUGGACUUGGCACGGUCUGAAGCCUUCCCGGUCUAUAGACUUAUUGAUGAGGCUAAUAUUUAGCUGAUCAGUGUAACCUCCCUCAGACCCCGCUGCUUCUCCCCACCCCCGCGCAGGAUACGGGUCGGGACUGGACUCUAUUUAUAUUGGUAAUAUUUAUUUUUGUAUAAAGUUAUUCAGGCGCUACUGCAGGGUGAGGGGCUAAGUUCCGCCGUAGGCGCUGUACAGACACGCUCUUUAUAUUAUAAAGUUUUCAUGUUUUUAUGUAUAGACGCCCUUUGUCCAGCUUUUAACAAAA